GCGGUACGAAGGUUGUUAUCCGUUAUCUCAAAGCUUUUCUGUUUGCCACGAGGCGAUUGUAACUUGCCUCUGAAUUGAGGCUUCAGUGUUUUCCAGUAGUUCGACAGAGAAGGAUCGAAAUGGCCAGUGAAGAGAUCGAGACCUCCAGGUUUUUAAAGGAUAAGGAGGCGGGUGGAAAUGAAACUCAGAAGGAGGAGAAACAGUCUUCUGAUACCUUGUGUGGGAUUUCGAUCUUCAAGGGACCUGCUUUACAGAGAUUUGCCACUGCUCACUGCUUUGUGAUUAUAUACGGGAUAGCUAGCUGCUUUUUAGCCAUGGCAUUCACCUACUUUACUGGCACCAUUACAACGAUGGAGAAGCGCUUUAAUAUACCCACCAAGAUAUCGGGUCUUAUUACAGUGGGCAAUGAUAUAAGCACCGUUUUCUCAUCGGCCUUUUUGAGUUACUAUGCGAGUCGAGGACAUCGGCCACGUUGGGUUGCAUUGGGCCUCAUUAUUAUAGCUAUGUUUUGCCUGCUCAUGUUGACACCACACUUUUUCUACGGCCCUGGCGAAGAAGCUUUGAGAUUAACAGAAGAAUACGGACUUGAGGAAGCCCUUGAUACUACUUUGAAUUCCACGGGGAAAGAUGACUCCCUCUGCCUUAAGAAAGACUCACAUUGUGGAGAGGGAAAUUACGAUGGGGACUACACACCUAUAAUUCUAUUUUUCGUAGCAAACUUUAUCGGUGGAAUUGGAUGUUCGCUAUUCUAUGCGCCGGGUCUUUCCUACAUGGACGAUAAUUCUGCAAGUUCCAAGACGCCAGCCAUGCUAAGUUGGAGCACCUUUAUACGAAUGUUGGGUCCUGCAAUGGGCUUCUCGAUGGUCUCCCUGUGUCUCCGUUUGUACAUCGAUCCCUUAAAGAAACCCCUGAUUACCACACAAGAUCCUCGAUGGAUGGGAGCUUGGUGGUUGGGCUGGAUCCUACUCACAGUUAUCCUGCUUAUAACAGCAGUGUUUGUGGGAAUGUUUCCCAAGGAGAUGCCAAAAGCCAAGGCCAGAAGAUUGAAAGCAGAUGGAGAGGAGGAUAUUCCGCUGGCAGAGCGAUCAUUUCAAGAUAUGCUGGACUCCCUAAAAAGACUGGCGGCCAAUAAGGUUUAUGUCUACAACAUGCUGGCCUCCAUUUUGUACUUCUUUGGCUACAUGCCGUACUGGAUUUUCACACCAAAGUACAUUGAGAUUCAGUAUCGUCAAUCUGCAUCCACUUCCACAAUGGCAACAGGAACUUGGGCACUGGGAUUCUCGGCAGCAGGAGUUCUGAUCUCCGGAUAUGUGAUCUCCAAGUACAAACCGAGUGCACGGGCAAUGGCUGCCUGGAACUUCGUGGUGGAUUACCUCACGGUGGCAGGACUCCUGUGCUAUGUCCUUGUAGGAUGCGAUGAAAGUGAUAGAGCCAACUCCUUAUCCAUUCUGCCAGUCAACGAUAGUUGCAGUGCAGCUUGUGAUUGUGAAUAUGUUUACUAUGCUCCUGUUUGCAGUCCAGAAAAUACAACCUACAUAUCCGCCUGUCAUGCGGGAUGCACUGAAAAGGGAUUGGAUGAACUGGGAAGGACCAUUUACACAGGGUGUCAGUGCAUGGGAACCAUGCCCAAUGAAACUUUAUUAUCUAACCUAAACUCACUUGCAUCCCAGUCACAAAUCGCUUUGGAUGGAGCUUGUCCGGUGGAUUGCAGUAAGCAGUUUUUAAUUUUCAUGACCGUCAUGUGCUUUCUGAAAUUCGUUGGAGCCACUGGGAGAUCGAGUAACCUACUAUUAGCUCUACGAUGUGUCCCCUCUAAGGAUAAAACCUUUUCCUUGGGAUUUGGAAGUAUGGUUUACUCGGUGCUCACCUUUAUUCCAAGUCCCAUUGUCUUUGGCUGGAUGCUGGAUAGUUAUUGUCUUGUGUGGGGUAAAACUUGUAGUUCCAAGGGUAACUGUUGGAUAUACGACACCAAGUCCUUGAGGUACACCAUGAAUCUAGUAAGUGCCUCUCUGAUUUUCCUGGGCAGCUUUUGGAAUAUUGGCGUAUGGUAUCACGCCAAGGACAUGAAAGUCUUCGAUGAAGAGGAGAAGGCAGAUCAAACCAAACAGGAUGAAGUAAUAGAGCUUAAGGAGAAACCAAAAGUAAUUGUUACUGAUAAGGAAAAGAGCUUCCAUAAAUAAAUGAAAGAUUUAUUUAUAAUA